AUGGAUGAAGAUGUGCCGCAAUUGAUGGAAGCCAUGGCCGAAAAGGAAACGAAGCUGAAGUUCAGCGCGGAGCCACCAACUGUGUUCACGUAUCUCGAUGAAGAAACGGCUGCUCAAGAAGUAAGCUGGGAUGAUGGACAACAAAUCAGUUUUCAAAUUUACCAGGAAUUAUGCAGCAGAGAAAAAAUACGGUCACAACAAGAAAAAGCUGAAAUGGAGCGACUAUUGCGAUCAUCCGUAGCACCAAGCAGCAGUAGUAGUACUUACUUGUCUGUAAAAACUGUGUCACCAUUGGAACAGCCUUCGGCCGAUGAAAGUUUGCUCGGUGUCACCGGUCGAAUAACAUACAGCACCGCUCCUGUAGAUAUAACAAGAUUCAAUAAAAAUUCGAUGUAA